AAAUUUUCAUUUCGGUUUUCAAGGGAACAAAAAGCGCGUCGAGCACAAGCCGGAGUAGCCAUCUGCACGUGGAUUGAUUUUUCUCCCAGUCAUUUCUUCGUUCACGAACACGUUAUCUACCACAUAUAUUCAAUAUGGUUGAAGAAGAAUACUUUUGGGGUGUCCAGCUCGAUGCCAAGACCAAGGAAAUUGAAUGGAAUCCAGAGAAAAACUUCCCAAAGGAGGAAAAGGAAGACGGUAUGCCCAUUCCCCGCCACAGCCUCAUGAUCAAGCAGGCUAUCCUCAGCCAUGAGGCAGCGGAAGGAGAGAUGGCUGUCAUUGAAGCUGAGGCAGUUGGUUACGCACAGUCAAACAUCAAGACCCUCAUCAGUGUCUUGGUGCAAGGCAAGGACCAUCAGCGAUCCUUAGACCUUGUAUUUCAUGAUGCCCCAGUCAAGUUGAGGCUAAUCAAAGGAUCGGGGCCAGUUCACCUUGUUGGUGCACAUGGUGUCGCCUAUCGCUACAUGGGUGAAGAUGACAGUUCAGAUGAUGAAGAUGGUAUGGGUGAAGAGAUGGAUGAUGAAGACGAUGAAGAAGUGGAAGAUGUCAAGCCACCUACUAAGAAAAUCAAGAAGGAAGAACCUCCUGCCAAAGGAAGUCCAGCAAAACGAGGAGGCAAAAAAUAGCGGGAAAUGCGGUCUAAUCAAGCAAAUGAUUAUGCUUCAAAGUGAGGUUUGCUGAAAUUGCUCAAUGAGAAAACGAAACGCCAUCUUACGAAAGAAUGGAGCGACCAGCAGCUUACUUUCGAGUAAAACGACAUAGCUUUAGAUCCAAAUUUCCAGGACACUUUUUUUGUUUUUUUUUCUCUUUUGUUUUAAAAAAUGAUGUCGAGCUUUUUCUCGUGGUUUGUGAGGUCGAUUGAGUUACCCCGAGCCUAACCUGCCGCUCGAACCCGAUGAAUGAGACAAAAUACAAAUGGUUCUUUGUCUUCAUUAAA